AUGAGGGUUUCCAUCCCCGCGCGGCCCUGGGCAAGGGAGCGGGCGCUGAAUGGGUGGAAAAUUACAUGGGGAAUCUCGCCGCUCAAGCACUCGAGCGUCGGAGGCGGCGGAGCGGCCGCGAGCGCGGACUUAAUCCUGCAGGUAUCCCCAGAGGAUCCUGGCAGGAUCCCGGGCAUCCAGCGGGCGGCUCGCACGAGGAUGCAGAGCCUGCAGCCAGACCCCAAGGCCCAGUACCGGAGCGUGUACGAAGCCCUCAAGAAAAUGGUCCUGACGGAGGGUUUCUGGAGGCCGUUACGCGGGAUCAACGUCACCAUGCUGGGCGCCGGCCCUGCCCACGCAAUGUACUUUGCCUGCUACGAGAAGAUGAAAAAGACUCUAAGUGACACUAUCCAGCACGGAGGGAACAGCCACUUGGCCAACGGUACUCUUUCUUUGCGCACACGCAGCUUGCUGUUAGCAGCCUCUCACCCCGGAGCAGUGGUGAAGCAGCGGAUGCAGAUGUUCAACUCCCCCUACAAGUCGGUCCUGGCGUGCGUGAGGACGGUGCAGAAGACGGAGGGGCUCGGGGCCUUCUACCGCAGCUACACCACGCAGCUCACCAUGAACGUGCCCUUCCAGGCCAUCCACUUCAUCACCUACGAGUUCAUGCAGGAGCAGAUCAACCCGCACCGCGAGUACCGCCCGCGCUCGCACAUCGUGUCCGGCGCCGUGGCGGGCGCCGUGGCCCCGCUCGACGUGUGCAAGACGCUGCUCAACACGCAGGAGGACGGGGCGCUGAGCUCGGCGCGCGUCCGCGGGCACCUCUCGGGCAUGGCCAACGCCUUCAGGACCGUCUACCAGCUCGGGGGCAUCCCCGGCUACUUCAAGGGGGUGCAGGCGCGCGUCAUCUACCAGAUGCCCUCGACGGCCAUCGCGUGGUCCGUGUACGAGUUCUUCAAGUACUUCCUCACAAAGCACACGCUGGAGAAACGCGCGUCCUUCUGA